AUGACACACAGUAAAGUCUCAGGUUAUGGAAGGGCACCACAUUUUGAUGGUACUGAGUAUAUUUUUUGGAAGAACAGAAUGGAGACCUAUCUGGGGUCUUUGUGGUAUGGUAUUCUCAGAUUGAUAUAUAUCGAGUUCGAGAUGCUAGAUACAGAAUCGACCGAUGAAGCAGAAAUUAAGAAGUUUGAAAACAACCUGAAGGCAAUGACUGCACUUAAGAGUGCACUAACAAACACGGAGCUUGUAAAGGUCAUGGAUUGCAAGACAGCCAAGCAACUGUGGGAUAGGCUUAAGGGUGUGCAUGAAGGGGACCAGAGGGUCAAAAAGUCCAAGCUUCAAGUUCACAAGGCAAAUUUCAAAGGAUUAAAAAUGAAUGAAAGUGAAGAUAUUGAAGCAUAUAUGGUUAGAGUCAAUGAAGUUGUAAAUGCUAUCAGUGGUCUAGGUCAUACAUUGAGUGACUCAGAGAUUUGUGUUUUACAAGGAAAGCUGAAGGCUUAUGAUAUGAGAACUGGGAAAGGAAAAGGCAAAGCUGAAGAUAAAAAGAUUGCUUUUAAAGCAAUGAAGAAUCUAAAAAUUGAUGAAAAUUCUGAUAUUGAGUUGGAUAGUGAUGAUGAGGCUGAAGCAAACUUUUUUAGAAAGCUGACCAGAGGGAAAGGCCAGUAUCAAGGGAAGAAAAAGUUCACUAAGAGAAGAUUUCCCAAGAAGAAGGUCUUUAUCUCCAAGGAGAGUGAUGACUCCUCAUCUGAAUCAGAGAUUGAUGAAGAUUCAGAUAGUGACAUCAGUGAGUGUCUAUUCAUGGCUUAUGAAAUUAAUAAGGAUGAAAAUCAGCCUUUUGAAGAGACAGAGAAAAUGGAAGCUGUAGUGGAUCUUAAGGGUGAGUUGGAAGAGGCUCUUGGGAAGCUUGAUAUUGAGAAGAAAAAGAAUAAGAAGUUGAUCAAGGUCAGUAUGAAACAAGAAAAGGAAUUGGAGAGUUUGAAGGAUAGCCAGACAACUUUGACUAAUCUUGAGACUCAACUUUCAUUCAAGGUUACUCACUGCAACAAGCUUAUUCAAGAAAAUAAGGUUCUUCAAAGCCAAAUCAAAGAGUACGAAGAUAAAAUCAUCAACUAUGAGCUGAUGUGGGUUGAACUUAAUGAGUUGAAACAAAAAGUUAGAAAAUUUGAUGAGAAUGGAGUAUCUCAAGAAAUUCAGCUCACUCAAUCUCAACCAAAUGAGUUAAGUCAGAUUCUUGAGAAGACCAUCAAUAAUCAGAGACCAGCUGGCAUGAAAUCAGGUUUAGGGUAUGUUCAUAUGGAAUCAUCUGGGAAUAAUGAGCAACUUACCAAAAACUUAAAGAAGAUGCAUUUUGUGAAAGAAGGUAGCUCUACUGAUGCAAGAGCAAAAGCUUCCCAUGCAACAAGUAAGGGGGAGCAGAAGAAGAGACACCAAGAGCAAAGAAAUCAGCAAAAGACCAAUGCCUCUCAUUUCAGAUUCUAUGGAACAUCCAGGUUUGGAAGGUCAAGAUUUCAAGGCAAAAAGAGCAACUACUUUCUUGGUUGUUGUUUCAAGUGUAACACAUAUGGGCAUAAGAUAGCCACUUGCAAGUUCAACUCAAAGCAAGUGUUUUUCACUAGUAAGAACUCUUUUGCACCUUUGUUACAAAAUGUGGUGUGUUACAAUUGUUGCAAUCAUGGUCACAUUGCUAGAAAUUGCAAACAACCCAUCCAUUUCUCUCCCAUAAAGAAGUGA